CAAAAGACGGAAUAAACCCCAACCAUAUAAAUGUUUCCACUUUCACUUCCCUCUGCUUGGAAAGUUAUUCGUCACUCAGCCAUUAACACUUUCUCUCCAGUUUUUAAUCCUGGUUGAUUUUUAGAAAAUGGAUGGAGAUGCGUUAACGGAGCAAGAAACUGCGCUUUAUGAUCGUCAAAUUAGGGUAUGGGGUGCUGAUGCUCAACGAAGGCUGAGUAAAGCGCAUGUGCUGGUUGGUGGGAUGAAGGGAACAGUUGCUGAGGUCUGCAAGAACAUAGUGUUAGCUGGUGUUGGAAGUCUUACAUUAGUGGACGAUAGUCCAGUAACGGAAGAAGCGCUGAAUGCUAACUUCUUAAUAACUCCAGACGAGAAGCUCUAUGCAGGGCGCUCUAUAGCAGAGGUUUGUUGUGACUCUUUGAAGGAUUUCAACCCAAUGGUUCACGUCUCUGUGGAAAAAGGUGACUUGUCAAGUCUCAGUACAGAUUUUUUUGAGAAGUUUGAUGUUAUUAUAGUCAGCAAUUCCUCUCUAAGCACAAAGAAAGCAAUUGAUGAGAAAUGCCGGAAGUUGUCGAAGCGCAUUGCAUUUUAUUCAGUUGAUUGCCGCGACUCUUGCGGUGAGAUAUUUGUUGAUCUGCAGGACCAUUCUUGUACAAAGAAACAGGUUAAUGAGACUGUUGAAUGCUGCCUGCAGUAUCCUAGUUUUGCGGAAGCGGUUGCAGUACCAUGGAAGAAUCUUCCUAAGCGAGUCUCCAAACUUUUCUUUGCCAUGAGAGUCAUAGAAAAGUUCGAGGAGUCAGAGGCACGUACUUCUGGUGAAAUCUCACUUGCUGAUCUUCCUAAUGUCCUGAAGCUAAGGAAGGAACUCUGUGAAGCACAGUUGUUCAAUGAAUCUCAAAUUCCCGAUUCCCUCCUCUCUAGAUUACUGCUGGGUAAAUUAGAGUUCCCUCCAGUUUGUGCCAUUAUUGGCGGGAUUCUUGGACAGGAAGUCAUUAAAGCUAUAUCAUGCAAAGGAGAGCCAAUCAAGAAUUUCUUCUACUUCGAUGCCAUGGAUGGUAAAGGUGUAAUUGAGGAUAUAUCGAAUCCCAAUUCUGCUAGUUGAGUAGUCAACAUAAAGUUUUUCUGUAACUUAAAGCACGUCAUAUGGUAUUAGGGUGGUUUUGUUUUCCUCCAAUUUUAGUAGAUUGGAUGAUGCUUUAGGGAAAUAGCACAGAUUAGUGCAGAAAAUGCGGCUUCAUUCCUUGCUCCGAAUAUCAGCUGGAAAACUUCACACCUUGAUGUUGAAGUGGGUGAAAAUGAGCCUUGCAUUUCUCGUAGGAUCUAACUGUAUGAUUAUUUUCUGAGGAUGGUAAGUGUUCUUCCGGGUGAAGACGGUUAGUGUUUUUUGCGCAAUUGCUGCGUCUAAUAUUUACCAAUGUGAUUAAUGUGAUUUAGGCAAUGUGAUUAACUUAUUUUUGUUUAACUUAAAUUUUGCCGAACCUUUGCAAAACUGGAUUCAUGUUUUGUUGAA